GAACCUGUCCGUGGAUGUUUGUUUGUAAACAUAUAAUUGGCCACCAAUUGUGUAAACAGACGUUCUUAGUCAUGUGAGAUCGGUGUGAAAUUUAGUGAAAUUGUAUAAUGACUUUAUUAGAAGUGUGAAAAUCUCUGUCAAUACAUUGAUUUGCAAUGCCUGAGAAAGUAGUUAUGCGUUUUUGAAAUUGUCCACCACGUAUAUGAUUCAGAUUUGAAAUAUGAAGUACGAAGUGAUAUAUAAAUACUGACUUUUAACGCCGUAAAAUGGGAAAAGGGUCAGUGCUACUUCACUAACAGUGCUGACAGAAAUGAGCAACGAAUACAUGGCAGAAGAAUUGGUACAGCAUUGCUGAGACAGUAAUGUACUUGUUACCAUGUUGUUUGGCCUAUUGGAACUAAAUCCUUUGGCUGACGGAAUUCGCUUUUAUCCAAGAAACUGCCUAAUGCUUCUGACUGCUGCAAUGAUUUUAAAGUAAAUAACAUUAACAAGUUUGUUGGUGUGGUCAAAACUACACUGACUCAUUGCAUUUUAUAUUUCAUACAGUAGUCAAUUAAGACAACUUAAACAAUGAGCAGUAUAAAAACAACAUUGAAAAGAAGCAGACAUUGACUUGAUUUUAGUUUCUGUAAUAUAAUCAUAGAGUGUCAUAGAAUGCUUAUAUUUGUAUCUCUUGACUUAUGCUCUCUGUUUAAAAAUAGUCGAAACAUUGGAGUUUACAGUACAUCAUGUGAUCACAUAACGGCUAUACAGUUCCGUUCAAAACAUCUGCCUUACACUUAGGAAAAAAGUAACUUUUGCUUAUAGUUAUCUCCUAGACAGUAUACACAAAAAUGCCUCACUAAAACAUUUCAGCUUCAUUCAUCACAUUCAUUUGUAGUGAUAUAUUUUAUAGUUCUAAAAUGGCCGGUCCUUUUAAGAAAGGUGACAAAGUUUUUGCAAAGGUUCGUGGGUAUCCACCUUGGCCUGCCCAUGUCCAGUGUUUAGCAGAAGCAACAAAUAAUAAGUUAAAAUAUCAUGUAAUAUUUUAUGGGACCUAUGAGACAGCAGUCUGCAAGGCUGAAGACAUGUUUCCAUAUGUUGAAAAUAAAGAACGAUUUGGAAGACCAUUGAAGAGGAAGGGUUUUAAUGAGGCAUUAGCGCAGAUAGAGAAUGGAGUUAAUGAUAAGCUCUUUGAAACAAAGUGUAAUGAAGACAGCGAGUCAGACUGGGAGUCGGAUUUCAACCAAACCUCUCCUGAAUCACAAAGGGCAUCCAAAAGUUCUGAACAAACUGAAGGAAAUUCUGUUAACCAGCGAAGCUCAAAGAUUUUGAAGUCUGCUGAUAAAUUAAACAGUAAAAAAUCUCUAAAUGAAUCUACAUCACCUUCGUCUCAGGGUGAAGCACAAAGAGUGAGUCGCUCUGGACGAAAAAUAAAGCCCAAAAAGUUUGCUGAUGAUGAAAUAACGGGGACAGGUAUUAUUACAGACAACAGUGAACACAGUGUUCGAGCCGUAGGUGGUUCCUAUGAUCAAAACAAGAGUAAUGUGUUACCAAAUAAUUAUACAUUAUCUAAUAUUGUUAGUGAAGACAAUGCUGCAGGCAGUGAAGAUGAUCAGGUGGAUUUUUGCAGAACAGGCAGAUCUCACCAAUUCCCAGUGUCUCAUAAGAGGAAGUCCUCCUUGCAGACUGGAACUGCAGAAGGAGAUAACACAAUAUUUAAGCCACAUGUCGAACUGUCUGAACCACCUGUGCAGAAUGCUUUGCCAUCAAUUGGAACUACUCGACUUACUAAAAUAAAACAAUUGCAAACUGUGAGUCAACUGUUAUGCUUAGAUGCUCUCAUAAAAGCAUCUACUUGUUGUUCAAAAGCCAAGCUUGAAAACUGUGUUAAAUAUUUAACUGAACUGGCAAACUUGCCAGUAGACUGCAACACAUUGAAAAGGUGUCCCCAGAUUGUAGUUACAGUAAGGAAGCUGACUAAAUACUUAGGAAACACUACCAACUUAGAGACACCUGUUUCUGAGGGGGGGAAAGCAACAGAAAAAAUAUUUCUUAUUCAGUAUAAAUCUCAGCAAAUAUAUAACAAGUACAAAGCAAUGUUUACUAAUUUUGAAAAAGAUGUAUCUUCUUCAACAUACUUAAAUAAUGUAGAUUAUUCCCAUAGACAUAGUUUUUCCAGUGAAACUGGCAGUUCAUCUGCAAGUGAAGUAUUUCCUGCUGUGAUAUCGCAACCUGGUCCUAGUAACACUGUAAUAAGAAAGCUUUCUACGAGAGGAAGAAAAAUAGGCAAACCUGUUGCCCAGCCUAGGCUAUCCAGAAUAGUAGGUAGGCCAGCAAAAUUUAUUAGAAGGUCAGUACAUCACUCCAGAACUACCAAUGCUGACAACAGACGUAGAGAGGAUGUAGAAAAUUGGCCGCCCAGCAGAGAUUCAACUUGAUUUGCCUCCUCAAUGUUCUAAACAAAACUAAUGUAAAGAGCCCAUUAAUAAAGAAAAGUGCUUGUAGAUGUUUUAUAAUUUACUGUAUUAGAGAAAGAAGAUAACUGUGAAAAUUAUUGUUAAUGUUUUGCAUGUAUUUGUGAUCACAACAUUUAUAUAAAUAUUUUUGUAUGAGAGGUUUUAUUUUGUAAUUGUAUUGUGUACAGAUGUGCCUUAAUUUAAAUGAAAUGAACAUUGUGUGAUGCAUUGUAGACUGUACAAUAUUUUAUGUAUAUUUUCU